ACCCGAACUUCAUUUCCCGUCGGUCUUUGCGCGGUGAGGGUUACAUGCUGCUCUCCACGCAGUCCGAGCUGCUGCAACGGUAAAUGUGGUUCUUGAACGACACGUAGCCCGGGCCCACCGGACUGAGGAGUGCAACCCUUAAAUUCCAGUUCUGUGGUUGAACAUCACAGCAGCGUAAAGGAGGAGGAUGAUCAUGCAGCGCAUCCUUGCUCAUGGGACGCUUCGGCGGGUGGCAGCGGUGCGCCCACUGCUACUGGGCAUCACCAUCCCCGAGCCCCCAGUAGUACUUUGUUGCUGCGCCCUCCGUCUGCCAUCGCCUGCAGGCCAGCGCUGGUUCUCCACAUCGGCCAUCAGCAGAGCAGCACAUCAACCAAAACACCAGCCGACACAGGAGCCGCCGCAGUCUGACACCGCAACACCUCAGUCACAGGACACCCAGAAAGAGAAAGCAGCACCUGAUCCUGCAGAGGUGGACCCCCUUCAGGACAAGUCCAUCGGCCUUUUCCAGAGGUUUAAAAAGACCUUCAAACAGUAUGGGAAAGUGAUGAUCCCUGUGCACCUGGUGACUUCCUCUGUUUGGUUUGGAACCUUUUAUUAUGCUGCUAUGAAAGGUGUGAAUGUAGUGCCAUUCCUGGAGAUGAUUGGUCUGCCAGAGUCACUAGUGGGCCUUUUAAGAGACUCAUCAAGUGGGUAUGCGCUGACUGCGUAUGCCAUGUACAAGAUUGCAACCCCUGCUAGAUACACUGUGACUCUUGGAGGCACGUCACUGUCUGUUCAGUAUCUCCGCAAGCAUGGUUACUUGUCCACACCACCACCAGUUAAAGAAUACUUCCAGGACAAGAUGGAGGAGACGAAGGAGAAACUGACAGAAAAGAUGGAGGAGACAAAGGAGAGAUUUUCAGAGAAAAUCGAGGAAACAAAAGAGCGCUUCAGUGAGAAAAUGGAAGAGACGAAGGACAAGCUGUCUGAGAAACUGCAGGAAACCAAAGACAGAGUCUCUGAGGGAAAAGCAUUUUUUAGGAAGAAAAGCGAUUAGAGAAUCACCUCUACAGGUGGUGUCUGAGUGUUCUGAUCUCCACAUCAUGUAACGAGCAAAUUGGAAAUCAAAUGACAGAUGGUACCUCUGAGACUGUAUAGAAGGAGGAGAGAGAUGUUGCACUAUCCCUGUCCUGAAAACCUCCUCACACAUCUCAGUUAUGUUGUCUAUUUAAGUGUCAAAUUGAGUCGGUCUGAACCCUGCCACGGUGCACUGAAAGUGUAGACUAGACAGCAGCUUAGUGAACUGCUGGCAGCGCUACAUUCUGACUCUGUCUUCUCAGACUGGAUUUGCACACGCUCAAGUAAUCUGCACUGUGUUGGCUGUAAGUGGGUUGUUUAAAGAGAAGCACUGUUCUUGUUUCUCUCGUCACACCCAUACAUGCACAAAGGGGGAAAGAGGUCUGGGCUUCAGAGAUAUGAAAAAUGUGCCCAUGUAAAAACAGCACUUAUGGGAGAGGGUGGAACUAAUCAUUCUAGCUGUUAGGGAAUAAAACUUGAAGCUCAUGGUUACCUGUGUGUACUAGUCCACUAAAGCCUUUCUCAAGGCUCAGUAUCACCUUGUGUCUUUUCUAAUGUAAUGAGAAAGAAAUGAAGGUUUUCUAAUGUAUUUUUAUCUGAUAGCCAAAGCUAAUGUGUGACAUUAUUUCAGUGUCUGUACCACUUAAUGUACCGCAGUGUUCUAGCCGGUGAAAUUCUCAGCCCGGGUCGCUGUUACCGCAAUUAGCGAGCGGUCGUCCGAUUCCACCGGGCUGUGAGUUUUUUCUGGCUAGAUCGCUGUACCAACUGAAAGUUGUGCUGUUAGGACAGUAGUGUGUAAACAUGCAAGUUUGUACAUCAUGUAUGAGCUGCGCGCACACACCUGUGUAAUACAUUGUUUUUGGUGUGACAGAACCUUCAUUACUCUGAUAAAAAGACAAAUAGCUUUUGUGAGGAAAUCACACAGAUGUCUGGUGUAAAUUACAACUGAAUAAAAGUGA